ACAAGUAUGGGGUCGUUGUUAUAUUCAUCGUUUUAGUUGAUGCGGGGGGAAAAAUAAUCGCAUGCCAUAGCAGAGUUGUUAAAUUAUUGGUUUGAAUUGCUUGUCAUAUCCUACUUCAAACACAUUUUAUUGUCACUGAGUAACACAAUGGAUAUUAUUGAGACGGUUGUAACAGAGAGUAUUGAAGUAGAUGAAACUCCAACGGCGUCCAGUUUGGCUACAGAUAAAUCGAAAGCAGAGUUUGUAUGGACUUUACAAGCCACAUGGCAACUUGUCCAAACCCGCCUCGAAAUGGACCAGGAUUUUGACCAGCCAGUGUGCAAGAAAAAGAAACUGUGGGAGACAGUGGCUGAGAGAGUGACUGCCAAGCUAAGAGCAGCUGGGAGCACAGAUGUCACAGUCAAAGCCUAUGAGUGUGAUCUGAAGUGGCGUAACAUGUUGGCCACAUACAGGAAAAAUGCUGAGAGGUCCAAGAGACUGGGGGCCCAGAGUGUCCACUGGGAGUUCUUCAAGGCCAUGCAUGAGGUCCUGGGGAAGAGUCGGGAGGAGAUUGAGGCACAGCGCAGGUCCAAACUCAACGGGACCAAGCUGGGCAAGGCUAUUGCCAGCAAGCGGUUUACCCCCAUCCUUCCUACACCCUCCCUGACAGCUGCCCCCUUUGCUUCCAGGCCCCCCCAGGAUGUCCUGCAGCUGUACAUGGAGCUGCAGGAGAGGAAGAUGAACAUGUGGGCCCAGCAGAAGGCCCUGGAGGAGAGGAAGAUAGAGGCCAUCAAUAAUCUAGCCCGUGCAAUCUCCAGUUUGUCUCACAGUCAAAACAACAGUUUCCAGCUGCCAGAGUAGCAGUACAGCACACCCGAGCAAAGGAGUUCUCACUGAACUAAAAACUUUUGGAUUUUGUGUAAUAUAUAGAAGCUUGUGCAUAGAAUGAAAGACUGCAUCAUGCAAAUGUUUCUUAAGCGUUCAACCAUUCAGCUACUUUGUGUUGUCAUGAUUUGUCAUUGUAUACGUUUUUAUUACGUUAUAAUAACACCAUUUGACAAAGGAGUUCACUGCAGGAAUUCCCUGUAAUACCUGUGAAUGAGAAGGAGGCUACACGGGGCAUAUUGUACAUAGAUCUGCCAUAGGAUACAAAUAAUCCUACAUAUGUAUAAAAUACAAGAUAUUGCUGUGAUACUCUUCCUUUUAACAGCAUUUAUAUUGUAUAUUAUAUUAUCUCAAUACAAACACAAAAAUGAUAAAUCA